UAAAAUAUUGGCAAUAAAACCUUAAUGAAUUCAUUAUCUAUAUUAUAUAAGAGGCCAAAUAGAUUUUUUUUUAGUCUGUAAACAUGAUUUAAAAAAGUGGCAUCUUUAUUUUGAGAUGAACUGUAUUCCACCCAGGUACAGAGAGAGGAAUAAUGGUUAAAAAUACUUAAAUAACCCCUUAAUCAAAUAUUUUUACUCUUUUCUCUCUCUCUAGCCAUCAUUCCCAGCAUGCAUCUCCAUCCUGUAUCCCUUCCUGUCCUCCUCGUCCUGCUGGCUGGAGCAGCAGUGGUGUGUGUUGCAGUGACAAACACACUUCACGGUUUCCGAGGCUGUGCUGUGCGCGAGUUUUCCUUUGUAGCCCAGAAGCCGGGCUGCAAGGGACUGCGCAUCACCACUGAGGCCUGCUGGGGGCGUUGUCACACCUGGGAGAAACCUGUCCCGGAUCCUCCCUACAUCCACCGACACCACCGGGUGUGUACGUACAGUCGUACCCGCCACAUGACUGCCCGCCUGCCGGGCUGCCAGCCCAACGUCUCGCCCCUUUACCACUACCCCAUGGCUCUGCAGUGCCACUGUGCCGUGUGCUCCACGCUGGACACGGAGUGUGAGACCUUCUGAUGGGCAGGACGCUGCUUUUAGCACACACUGUAAUCAACAGUUGUACUGAUAUGAAUGACUCUGAUUAAAAUU